GGUGGUUUGUGGCAACACAACUCAGGGCAAUUGGGGCGCGACAAUUGUUUCCAUGCUGGGACGAGCCUGCAUUUAAGGCUACGUUUAAUAUUAGUGUUAGACAUCAUAAGUCGUAUUAUGUUUGGUCAACUAUGCCGAUACGAAAAAAAACUGCCGAUACAAAAGACGUGGUGUGGACUCACUUCAAAAUCACUUGUUUAAUGCCUACUUAUCUCAUAUCGGUUUUACUAUAUGAUACGCAUUCGUUCCCGAUUAAUGACUAUGACAAAGUGUACGAUACAAUAUUUCAUAUAAACACAUAUUUUGCAAGAAGAAUCAUUAUAAAUGUUACAAGACGCUUCGAAAUCGAAUGGAUGGCAUAUUCUCAGAACCUUUCAUUAACAAAUCAUCAUAUAAUGCCCGCGGGUCCUCAGCAUAAUAGCAUGAGACAAAUUAUUUAUAGAAUAUCAAAUGUUAUCUAUGUUAAAGAGUUAGAUCCUGUUUCGAUUAAAAUAAGAUCAGCGUGUUUAAUAGCGCACGAAGUGGCACGUCAAUGGAUUAAUAAUCUGGUUAGCCCAUCCUCGUGGUCUGAUUUUUGGUUAAACGAUGGUAUUGCUAGGCUGUUAGGAAUGGAUAUGAUCAACAAGAUUUUUCAAGAUGCAAAUUACACAAGUAUAUUAGAUCUGUUUGCAGUACAAAGUAAAUUAGAAUCUCUUCAGUUGGAUCAUUAUCUUUUGGGUAUUAUGGAUCCUCUUAUACCAAAAAUCAACAAAACCUCGGAAAUUGAAUCACUUUUCUCUUUUUCUUAUUACAUCAAAGCACCUGUUAUAUUGCGUAUUUUACGACAGCAUCUCUCGGCUGAAGUGUACCUACAUGGUAUUGAGAUAUUUCUCAAUGAACAUAUGUUUAGUUCAGUAACUAUUGAUGAUUUCUGGGGUGCUAUGCAAGCUGCUCUAAAUACAGCUAAACUGCGCAAUAGAUUUCAUGUAAAAUGGAUGAUGAAUACUUGGACAAAUCAAAAACAUUAUCCUAUACUGAAAGUUGAAUACUCUAACUGUACAUCUUUGAGAAUAUCGAUAGAAAAUUUUUACCAGUUGGUUAACGAUGGCUGGUUAUUACCUAUUAUUAUAAUUAGUAUAAAAUGGAAAGAAAAUAUUAUAAUAUCAAUUAAAAGACGUUAUACCUACAAUAAAGUACAAGAUGAUAUACCAUACAUAGAAAUUGAUGGAUUUUGUAAAAAGGAUGAAUUGUUAAUAAUUGACUUACAACAAGGAUAUUAUCGUGUCAAUUACGAACCUCAUAACUGGCGAAACAUUGCUAGAUAUUUGAACUCUGGAAACUAUUUAGAAAUAGAUGUUCAUAAUCGUGCACAAAUCAUCGAUGACGCGUUUUAUUUCUUUUCGAUGCAACAACUCGAUAUGUAUUCAUUUUUACAACUUAUAAAAUUCUUAUCGCAAGAGACAAAUUAUGUGGUAUGGUAUCCUAUGAUCAAAGCUCUUGAAAGUAUGUCAAAAUCCUUUCCAAUUUACAAUUCAGAGGAAAAAACCAAAUUCGUCCAUUUAGGCUAUUUCAAGGAAAAAAUAUUGAAAAUAUUGAAUAAUGUUCUUGAACGCAUUGGAUACGAAGAAGAAGAUUCUGAAGAAGACGAUCUUAUUAAAUGUUUAAGACAAGAAGUCGUCAAAUGGGCAUGUACUCUCGAGGACUUCGAAUGCCUACAAAAGGCGAAAUAUGAUUUAGAAGAUCAUUUCUUCCGACAUAAACGAAUUUUAGCGUGGUGGACGGAAUGGACAUACUGUAAAGGUAUACAGACAGAGACAACUUUAACUGGUGUUUGGAAGAUAGUACUUCAAGAAUGGAUAGUAACCUCUAAUAAUAGAAUUUGGGAAUUUCUAACUUGCAUUACACAUCCUAAUUCUAUUAAAGAGUAUUUGAACGAUAAAUAUCUAGAAGUACUUUUUUCUUGGAAAAAUGCAUCUUCAAAGUUUCGAAACAUUGAUCGUGUUAAUAGAUUUCUUUUCACAAUUACAAAGCAUGCUAAGAACAGUGAAAUACUUGAUUAUAUUUUAAAUAAUUUUGACAAAUUAAAACCCAGAGAAGUCAAUAUAAAUGCAGCAUUGAUCACUUUAAUUAAUAAUGUGUAUUCUGAGGUAUACUUGCAGAAGAUUAAAGCGUUUGUAGAAAAACGGAUUGCUGCUAAAUAUUUUUUACAAUGGACGUUGCUUAUUUCUGAGAAGAUACGUAAAGAGACGAAAAGUUGGGAAAUCAACAAAUUGAGUUUAUCUAUUACAAAAUACGAAAACGCGCCAGUGAAAUCCAUUCCUUUACAAUGACUAAUCGUUAAAUAAUUGUUCUAUAAAAUAUAUAUGUAGUAUAAAAUGUACU